AUGCCAAUUCGAGCACCUGAAUACGAAUUCCGACAUGAAGGAAUGGAAGCAGUUGCAUUAGGAGUGAAUUCACGUCAUCAUGAGACAUUACUGAGUUUACGUAUGACAAGUGCUCGACCACGAAUAAACUUUGGAGCACGAAUGAAACAAAUGCUGUAUGCACUUCUGAUUCUCACGUUAUUGCAAUUGAUUCUCGUUCUAGCAACGAUUGCAAGUGUAGCAGAUUUUUGUUUACAAGUGACAAUGCAUCCACGAUUAAAUCGUGCGUUUGUUGAGAUUUUUUUUAAUUAUAUGAAACAAUUUACAGCGUCAUUGACGGAUGAAGAAGUCAUGACACGAACGGUUGUAGGAUCAUGGCUUGUAUAUUUUGCACUCAUUGGUGCAUUGACGUAUGGAUUCUAUACGGGUCAAUUACCAUUGGCAUCAGAUUUUUUACAAGUACCGAAUGCACUUUGCUCUUGUGUUAGUCGACGAUACAGCACACGGAAGAACUCGAUGGCAUCGACAAACCCAGCCAUGGUGACGACAUCGGAUUCGUACGUUACCAACUUAUUUACGUCAUAUUGGCAUCGUAUAGGAGAACCGAUUCGAUCACGAAGACGCAGCAACCAGAAUUCUAGUCGUUUGCCGAGCGAAAGUGGAAGCGGGUGUACUAGUGGGCAUGCGACGGUGUUAGCUGCAGGCGCAUCAUCCUUGUUUUCUCCAAGCUAUAAUUUGUACACGAAAUCUGGACCAUUGACAGUACUGGGUUGGUGCAUUCUUGCUAGUUUGUUAAUGACUGGUGCUGCUUUGUCAGCAUCACUACUUAUUGAUGGAAGGGGUGGUGUGGAUAUGAAGCUGAUGAACAAUGCUAUGUUUACGUUGCAAUCGGAGCAAUUUUUCAAUCGUCCCACGAAGAUCCAUCGCGAAGAGAUCAACUGUACAGUAGCUAGCAACGCAUUGCGAUCGACUCUGGGUGUUAGUGAGAAGUACGGGCUGGAUGGAUUGGGAAAUGAUGACCAUUGCGCGCUGAUGUGGCGCAAGACAAUUGGUUACGAAGGUGACAACUUAUUUGAACUCGAUCUCAAUGUAACAAUCCCCAUGACUGUAGCAGCGAAGGCAACAGCCGAUGCUAGCAACGGAUCAACAGCAGCAGCAAAAGGUAUUAGCGUUCAACCCAACAUCAUUGUACUCAAUAUGGAAUCCUGGAGACAUUUGGACGUUGGUGUCCUUGGUGGUGCUGCCAAGAAGAGGCAUUUUGGAAAAAGCGCGACGCCUCAAUUCGACGAGCUGGCGAAGACAGGUGUGCUUUACAGCAAGCACUACACGCAGUGCGUCCAAACUUCGCGCACGCUCUUGACGACGCUAUUUGGCAUGUUACCGUCCUGCACGGAGACUUCUGCGCUCAAGCAGUACAGUACGACGCUAAAUUUGCGCGGCCUUCCACACUUUUUGAAGCAGCGGGGCUACUUCAACCUUUUCUGGAGCGCCGUUGACCUCACAUGGGAGUACUGGGAUAAGUUUCUGCUGAAAAAUGGUUUUGACAAGCUUGUGGAUGAUCGUAAGGUCCGCAAGAUGCUGCACGAGACGCGCAACUACGAGAACACGCCUGACGACCAUUUUUCUUGGGGCAUGCACGACCAUUUGUCCUUCGAGAUGCUAUUGUACGCCAUCGAAUCGGCUCACAAUGCUAGUGGGAAUGCCAUUGAUGCUACAAAAGCAUUAGCGGUAGACAUUGACACCGACGAUACGACGUCUGUGAACACGACUGAGAUUGGGAAUAUGACGGAGGCUAGAGUCAAGGGCAAAGACUCUUAUGGUGUCAACUUUACAAGAAGCGGGAUGUCCACUUUGAAGAAGUCAAGCCAAAAUCCGUCCACACUGUUAUCUGCCACGCCCACAAAGUCACCGCUUCCCGGUUGGGAAGGGCUGCAGACGCCGUACUUUAUCGACAUGUACAGUAUUACGAGCCACAAUCCAUGGGCGCUACCGAAUGACUAUGAUGCGCCGGACUUGUCAGGACUGUACACGCGCUACAACAAAAAGUAUUUGGACUCGAUGCGUUUUUCUGAUGAGAUGCUAGGCAACUUUGUUGCAGCGCUGCGUGCAAAGGGGCUGAUGAAGAAUACAAUUGUGAUUAUUGAGGGAGACCAUGGCUAUGGUCGUCUAGAACAUAACAACAACCCGUCCGUUGCAGAAUCGGGUUUGUGGGAUGAAGCUUCUCGAGUGCCAUUCCUUUUGCUUGCCGAUGACUUUAUUCGUGACGAGGACAAGGGAACUGUGGUAGACCAGUUGUCAAUGCAAUCUGACCUUAUGGCCACCAUUGCCGACAUUCUUGGUGUUACUCCAGACGAGCCACUCUACCAGCACGGCUAUGGCCACUCUAUGAAGCGUCGUCGAUAUGAAUCGGAGGCUCAAGAAGAAGCGCAGGUGCUGCCAGUCAAGACUCCGAAGGAGAAGGAUGGAAAGCUAAACGACAUGGAGGCUGAAGCUGUGGCAACUGAAGCUAGGGAAAGUCCCCAGGAGCGCCGUGUGGUAUUGUGCAAUCCGUUCGACGGUAUGAGCAAGGGUGUGCGCACUGAAAAGCUCAAGUACAUUUUCCAUCCCGACGGAUCCUACAACGUUUUUGAGCCUGCAAUCGAUUCUACUGAAAAGAAGCCGAUGCGGACAGGUUUUGACGUUGAGGAAAUGGAUGACGUCACGCGUGACGUGUUUGAAUACGUGACUAAGGCAGUGGACCUGAACCAGUUUCUCUUCGAAGCGAACCAAUUUGUAACUCCGCUGGCCACACCUCCAGCAGAGACAGAUAUCCGAAGGUCUGGUUCAAGUUUCACCAGAACAUCUGAUGAUGCACUCGUCACGUCACUAGAUGAAAACAUGCUCAGGCCACGAGAGUCUAGACACACACAUUAG